UUACUUCAACUAGUCCCCGUGUUCUUCGAAUGGAUCUCUUAAUUGUUGAGAGGGUUGCCCAAAAGCAGUAUAUAAGGCGUACCCAGUAAAACUUACAAGUAAACCAGAUAUAGAGAUGGCGACUAGGGUUGCUGUUUCCAUUAUUAUAUAAUUUCAAGACCAAAAUGGAUCUAUGAUAAGAUCGUUUAUUUACAACGGAAUGGUAUACAAAGUCAACAGAUCUCAAUGAAUACAAAAUAGGAUUUAUGGCUACGCAAACCGUUGAGGGUAGUUCUAGAUCUGGACCAAGACGAACUAUUGUAGGGGAUUUAUUGAAACCAUUGAAUUCAGAAUAUGGUAAAGUAGCUCCUGGAUGGGGAACUACUCCUUUGAUGGGUGUCGCAAUGGCUCUAUUUGCAGUAUUCCUAUCUAUUAUUUUGGAAAUUUAUAAUUCUUCUGUUUUACUGGACGGAAUUUCAAUGAAUUAGAUUCACAAGAAACGUGAAUUCUUAGCUUUUCAAUACAAAGUAAAGCAUUUAGGUUUCGGAUUUUUAUAUCAUUAUAUUCUUUUUUUAUUGGUAGUUCGAUCGUGGAAUUUCUUUCUUUCUUUCUGUAUUUCCGGAAUAUGAGUGUGUGACUUGUUAUAAUUGAUACUAUUGAUAGUACAGAAAAUGGAUCUGUCAUCUUUAUAUAGAUGGUUUUACCUCGUCGGAUAUUCAUUCGAGUAUCUGGAGCACGAAAUAGAUCACAAAAUAUUAACUAUGAUUCAUACUUAAUAUUCAGACCCCGUGACCGGACUCCAAAAAAUUUUCCAAAACGUUAUAAAUCAAAAGAUUUUUCUUCUUUUUCAAAAGAUUUCCCCUUUUUUUUGAUCAAAGGACAAAACUUUCUUUGGAUUUUUAGUCAUUAUAUCUAUUCAUUGAAUAAGUGAUGAUCCAAUGGUUCUUACUCAGGGAAUCUUUGGACUUAGUUUGAAGAAUCAUCGCGGUUCUAGUAUGAAUCUGAGGUUUGAAUCAAUUCAUAGGGUCUUAACAAGGGAAUUCCUAUCAAUAAUAAAGAAAAGAAGAGUAAAGCUGCAUUACACCCAAAAAAAGAAAUAAAAAUAACAAAUCAAAGAAAAAGAAGUAGGUAAAUAGAAGAUUCAAGAGGCCUGUAACGAUCAACAUAAAGACGAAUGAGCCGACUUGAUAUUUUGGCAUUACAACCACAAAUAAGAGCUUUCGUAUUUUUACUGGUUCGUAUCUUCAGAGAAGUUAGAAAGGGUUGAUGACGAAUUUUCAAACUUUCGAUUCCAUAUGCCUUGAAACCAAAGCAAUAUCUUAGGUUUUUGUUUGAGCUGUACGAGAUGAAAUUCUCAGAUACGGUUCUUCGAGGGGGAGUACUAUUGGUUUACCUAUCUCAAUAAAGUCUAUGAUUGGUUUGAAGAACGUCUCGAGAUUCAGGCGAUUGCAGAUGAUAUAACUAGUAAAUAUGUUCCUCCUCAUGUCAACAUAUUUUAUUGUCUAGGAGGAAUUACGCUUACUUGUUUUUUAGUACAAGUAGCUACAGGGUUUGCUAUGACUUUUUACUACCGUCCAACUGUUACUGAGGCUUUUGCUUCUGUUCAAUACAUAAUGACUGAAGCUAACUUUGGUUGGUUAAUUCGAUCAGUUCAUCGAUGGUCGGCAAGUAUGAUGGUCCUAAUGAUGAUCCUGCACGUAUUUCGUGUGUAUCUCACUGGUGGUUUUAAAAAACCUCGCGAAUUAACUUGGGUUACAGGUGUGGUUCUGGCUGUAUUGACCGCAUCCUUUGGUGUAACUGGUUAUUCGUUACCUUGGGACCAAAUUGGUUAUUGGGCAGUCAAAAUUGUAACAGGUGUGCCGGAAGCUAUUCCUGUAAUAGGAUCCCCUUUAGUAGAGUUAUUACGCGGAAGUGCUAGUGUGGGACAAUCCACUUUGACUCGUUUUUAUAGUUUACACACUUUUGUAUUACCUCUUCUUACUGCCGUGUUUAUGUUAAUGCAUUUUCUAAUGAUACGUAAGCAAGGUAUUUCCGGUCCUUUAUAGAGAAUAUAGAUCAUAGAUAUUUGUAAUCAAUCAUUUCUCACUUGAGGAGGAACAAUAGUAUUUCAUUGCUACAAAUAUGGAUUAUUGAAAAGAAUAAGACAUGUAUUUGGAUAUUUCCCUUCAACUAUCCAAUCGAGUAUUCUUUAUUUGACACGAAUAGUUGAAGGGAAUUCUCCGAAGAGAAAAUGGAUUAUGGGAGUAACAAAAAAACCUGACUUAAAUGAUCCUGUAUUAAGAGCUAAAUUGGCUAAAGGGAUGGGUCAUAAUUAUUACGGAGAACCCGCAUGGCCCAACGAUCUUUUAUAUAUUUUUCCAGUAGUAAUUUUAGGUACUAUUGCGUGUAACGUAGGCUUAGCGGUUCUAGAACCAUCAAUGAUUGGUGAACCCGCCGAUCCAUUUGCAACUCCUUUGGAAAUAUUACCCGAAUGGUAUUUCUUUCCCGUAUUUCAAAUACUUCGUACAGUACCUAAUAAGUUAUUGGGUGUUCUUUUAAUGGUUUCAGUACCUGCGGGAUUAUUAACAGUACCUUUUUUGGAGAAUGUUAAUAAAUUUCAAAAUCCAUUUCGUCGUCCAGUAGCGACAACUGUCUUUUUGAUUGGUACCGUAGUGGCCCUUUGGUUGGGUAUUGGAGCAACAUUACCUAUUGAUAAAUCCCUAACUUUAGGUCUUUUUUAAAUUGAUUCAAUUGUGAAAUAAAAUAUCACAACUUAGGUAUCUAGGGAAUAGUCGCUUCAAAGUGAAUUUUCCCUAGAUACAUCUAUUUAAUAAAAUUCUGGAUUUAUUCCGAAUAUAUAAAUUAAAUUAUGCUAAAGUUGAAAUAAAAGCCCAUUUCAUCUUUUUUUUUAUAAAAGAAAUUAAA